GCCUGUGCCAGCUACAGCCUCCUCCGAGCCACCGCGGGCGGGCGGGACCGGCCUCUCCUCCCGCCUCGCCCCCACCCCCACCCACCUCUAUCCCAGUGUCUCCGUCUGAGGGUUUGUCCUGUUAAUGCGGGAUGAGCGAUCAGAAGAAGGAGGAGGAGGAGGAGGCGGCAGCAGCAGUGGCGAUGGCUACAGAAGGAGGGAAAACCUCUGAGCCAGAGAAUAACAAUAAAAAACCCAAAACCUCAGGCUCCCAGGACUCUCAGCCCUCUCCUCUGGCAUUACUGGCAGCUACUUGCAGCAAAAUAGGGACUCCUGGUGAAAAUCAAGCAACUGGACAACAACAAAUUAUAAUAGAUCCAAGCCAAGGAUUGGUGCAACUUCAAAAUCAGCCACAACAGCUAGAACUGGUAACAACACAACUUGCUGGAAACGCUUGGCAACUGGUUGCCUCCACUCCCCCCGCUUCAAAAGAAAAUAACAUUUCUCAACCAGCUUCUAGCUCAUCUAGUUCUUCCAGCAGUAAUAACGGGAAUGCAUCUCCGACAAAAACGAAAUCAGGUAGUUUUUCCACCCCUGCUCAAUUUCAAGUCAUACAAGUACAAAAUCCAAGUGGUAACGUGCAGUACCAAGUGAUUCCACAACUCCAGACAGUGGAAGGCCAGCAAAUCCAAAUCAAUCCUACUGGUAGUUCGUCUCUACAGGAUUUGCAGGGUCAAAUUCAGCUCAUUUCUGCGGGUAAUAAUCAAGCUAUACUCACCGCUGCUAACCGGACAGCUUCUGGGAAUAUUCUUGCUCAAAACCUGGCCAACCAAACAGUUCCAGUCCAAAUUAGACCCGGUGUUUCAAUACCACUCCAAUUACAAACCCUCCCUGGUACCCAGGCUCAAGUUGUAACAACCCUACCAAUUAACAUCGGAGGAGUGACUUUAGCUUUGCCAGUGAUAAACAAUGUGACUGCUGGAGGAGGGACCGGACAGGCUGGCCAGCCUCCUCCUACUACUGAUAGUGGGACUUCUAAUGGGAAUCCGUUGGUUUCCACACCCACUACCACCACUGCUUCUGCCAGUACGAUGCCGGAAUCUCCCUCCUCCUCCACUACCUGCACAACCACUGCUUCUACAUCUCUGACGAGCAGUGACACAUUAGUGAGCUCAGCAGACACGGGCCAGUAUGCAAGCACAUCAGCCAGUAGUUCGGAACGCACCAUUGAAGAAUCUCAAACACCUGCUGCCAAUGAGUCUGAAGCCCAGAGCUCUAGUCAGCUGCAGCCUAAUGGACUACAGAAUGCACAGGAGCAAUCAAAUUCACUUCAGCAGGUGCAAAUUGUAGGCCAGCCUAUUUUACAACAGAUCCAGAUCCAGCAACCUCAGCAACAGAUUAUUCAGGCCAUUCCACCACAGUCAUUUCAACUCCAGUCAGGGCAGACGAUUCAGACCAUCCAGCAGCAGCCUUUACAGAAUGUUCAACUUCAAGCAGUAAAUCCGACUCAGGUGCUUAUCAGGGCUCCGACUCUAACACCUUCAGGGCAAAUUAGUUGGCAAACUGUACAGGUUCAAAAUAUUCAGAGUCUUUCAAAUUUGCAAGUUCAGAAUGCUGGGUUAUCCCAGCAAUUAACCAUCACCCCAGUGUCUUCAAGUGGUGGCACGACUCUUGCUCAGAUUGCUCCUGUGGCUGUUGCUGGUGCCCCAAUAACUCUGAAUACUGCCCAGCUCGCAUCAGUGCCUAACCUUCAGACAGUGAGUGUUGCCAACCUGGGUGCUGCAGGUGUUCAAGUGCAGGGAGUUCCAGUUACAAUCACUAGUGUUGCAGGUCAACAGCAAGGACAGGAUGGAGUGAAAGUCCAACAAGCUACUAUAGCUCCUGUAACGGUAGCGGUUGGAGGAAUUGCUAAUGCAACGAUAGGUGCUGUUAGUCCUGACCAACUCACUCAAGUGCAUUUGCAGCAGGGCCAGCAAACUUCUGAUCAAGAGGUGCAACCUGGCAAGAGGCUUCGAAGAGUUGCAUGCUCCUGUCCUAAUUGUAGGGAAGGAGAAGGAAGAGGCAGUAAUGAACCAGGAAAAAAGAAACAACAUAUUUGUCAUAUUGAAGGAUGUGGAAAAGUGUAUGGCAAAACAUCUCACCUACGAGCACACCUUCGCUGGCAUACUGGAGAAAGGCCUUUUGUAUGCAACUGGAUGUUUUGUGGCAAAAGAUUCACAAGGAGUGAUGAGCUUCAGAGACAUAGGAGAACACAUACAGGUGAAAAGCGAUUUGAGUGUCCGGAAUGUUCGAAAAGGUUUAUGCGGAGUGAUCACCUCUCUAAGCAUGUCAAAACGCACCAGAAUAAGAAAGGUGGUGGGACAGCUCUUGCCAUCGUUACCUCUGGAGAACUGGACUCCUCCGUAACAGAGGUGCUGGGCUCCCCGAGAAUUGUCACAGUUGCAGCCAUUUCUCAAGAUUCAAAUCCAGCAACUCCUAACGUUUCAACCAAUAUGGAAGAAUUCUGAAAGGUUAUUUAUACAGAGACCUCUAGUGCUGCCCUUACGUUUACACACCUUUGAAAAUCUGGAAAUGGGCUGGCCAAGUGGAUUACAGAGUACGGAAUCAUGUUUUCAUUCUUGGCUUCUUUAUGUAUUCCAAGGUUUGGGGUCAACACAUGAAAUGUUGAAUUUUAAAAAUUACAAAAAGCAACUGAUGUACUGGAAACAGAUGGACAAGUAUUUCCUCCAAACUAUAAGUUGUAGUUAUGUGGAACUAUAUCAUAGAACCUUUAAACAGAAUCCUCCCCUCUCAAUAUCAUGUGUUAACAUGUUUAAAAAGACAGACCUCAGUGGUUUGCAGGCUAGACAGACCUUAGACUUUUUUCAUUGAAAGUAUUCUUUAUUAUAAAUUCAUUCAGUAACAAUUUACCUCUUUUCUUUUUCUCUAGCACAGGAAAACAGGUAGUUAACUGAUGAUAGGGAUAAUGCUGUAUUUCUUUAGCCUGAUUUUUGGAAAAUCAAUUGGAAACUGUUUUGGCCGUCUUUUCUAAAUGUUAGGAAUUCUUCACCCGCUGAAUUAGGUAAGUUCCAAAAAAGUAAUCUGAGAUGCACCUCAGAUCUUUAUUACCACUACAUUGUAGUAGUGUGUAUGCAGACAAUCAGUGAAGCCCAAUUUAUUUUCUCCAUUUGGAGACACAGUGGAAUUUAGAACUAAGUCUUAGAUUAAAUUUUAGAUGGUUAAAACAGAACUCAUAAUAGCUUCAGAAAAAAAUUACACGAGACAGUGUAAGAGGAAAAGUUUUAAAAGUUAGGAGUGACCAUAUUCCUAAAUAGGUUGAGCCACAAAAUUCAAUUUAAAUGUUUAUAUUGGAAAUAUUUGAAUAGAGUAUACAUCCUUCUGUAGUUUCAUAUUCUGUAAAUAUGAGUUAUGUUGACAGACUUUGUAGCCAAAGAAAGAGUUAUCACACUUGUUUUAAGGCCAACAGAAAAUUGUCCUUUGACUCCAUUAUAAUUUUCUUUUUAUUCUCUAUUGAAAAUUGGCCAACUCCAUUUUAUUUAUAGCCCUGUGUUAGAAGGUUGAUAGGUAUUUAUAAGAGUACUAUAAUGUUGUUAUCUGAGUAACAGAAUUUUCCAUUAAUAAAAAACCUAACAUUAUAAUAGAUCUGCUAUUAUGAAGCAAAAAUUAUUUUUAAAAGGCCAGAAUAAUUUUCAGUCAAAUAAGUGAUUAAAGAAAAAAAUUAAUUUACUUAUUUAUGCAAGGGUCUUAUAGGAGAGAGCCUUAGGAAAGAUGGCCAAAAGUUUAAUGUGAAAAAAAAUUAGGCACUUACCAAUUACUGAAACAUUAUUAGCAAAAUAGUUCAUGUUUAGAAAAAAUAUUUAUACAGAAUCAAUUCAUGAAAUUAACCAUUAGAAAGCUAAAAUUUUUAACCUACUUGAUUUAUUAAUUUGUAACAUCACCAGUUUGGGAAUUUUGUGAUUAUAGGUCCAAUUUUCUUGUGCUUUCUUCAUUAUUUCAGGAAAACUAGUACUCAUGCAAAUUCUCUUCCAAAAUUGUGAUGUUUUGUGUACUUUUGUUGAAGGAGAAAUACUGUAAUGAUCACUGUUUACACUAUGUACACUUUAGGCCAGCCCUUUGUAGCGUUAUAUAUAACUGAAGGCCUUUUGUGCUCUCAGUUUGUAUAAAAAAGCUUUGAGAUUAACGGGAAAAAAAAUUUUACACUGUGGUUAUAGAUUUCAAGUUUCUUAAAGCUUUUGUAGACUUGUAACAGAGUCUUUAAAUUUUAGUUGGAUUUUGUAAAUUGUUUUGUAUAUUUUAUUUAAUGUACUCUAACAACUGAUGUAUCUGGCUAUAAAACAUCAGAAUCAAUUCGUUGUUUUGUUUGGUACAGAGGAGCAUUUGAUAGUGUUAAUUUUAAUUUUAUCAUAUAGCUGAAACGUCAAAUAUAUAUUUUAUCUGCCAUUAUGCUACACAAUCAGUGCUAUAAAUUUUUUUAUGUAAAGAAACUUUCUUAAUAUUUUAAUCAUGUUUCCUCAGAGUGACCUUUUGUUGUUGUUAAAACCAAGUAUGAACACUCUGUACCAUUAUCCCAGGAGCCACUUUUAAUGCAUACCUGUGUGUGCUGAUGAGAAAUAAAAGUUAUCUUUUAAUCAACAAUGAGGCCUAUUAUAAAUUUAUCAAGUGGAAUCUGGAUAGCUUUAUGGCAUAUACUAUUAAUUUGGUUUAGCAGGUGCACAUUUCACCACUGGAAUUAGAAAUAUUUUGACAGUCUGUUCUGCAUACCAUUCUGAGUCCACUUUCCUGUCUUAUAAGAAUCGUAAAUUUCAGUGUCCUUUAUUUGACUCAGUGGGAUCUAGCUGUUAGAAGUAAUAGGACACAGAUGUGCAGUAGAGUCUUUAAUGGCAUUUCACUGUUCAUUCCCUUUGCCGCCAUUAUAAAACUUUUCUUUAUUGUAAUUAUCAGUGCAAAGCUAUGUAUUUAUCAUGGUAGAACUCCAGUGUUAGAAUAGUUUUUUCUUAUAGUAUACUUUCUUUCGUUAGGUUUGUGUAUGUGUUGCUGAUUACAUUAGAACUUGAUGUUAAGUCAUUAUUUAUCACACUCUCAUGAGAGCAGUAAUAAAAGUGUGUAAUCUAGGAGAAAAAGUUAAUUUGUCAAACUUAGAUAAGCAUGAUGUUUAGGUCCUAUUUUUCAAUUUUAUAACUGUUUUAUUGCAACAAUAUUUGUAUUUAAGUCUUCAUUUUAAUGCCUUGUGGUGUUUUUUUAUGCAUGUCACUAAGUUGUCAUCCCACAUAAAUUGAUGUGCAGCAUAGGGUAUUAAAUCUACAUAAUGAUUUUAAAACAGAAAUAGUUGAUGGUAAAAUGUAAAUGUUUUGCAAAAAUUCCUUAUAAAAAGUUUUGUAGUAACAUUUCACUUGUAAAUUUUUUUUGUAAAAAAAUUUUAAAAAGAUGAUUCCAGGAAAAAAAAAAAAACCUGUUUCCCAUAUUCUAGAAUUUAGACAAUUAUUCUGCCAGCAAAGCCUCUGGGGCUGUAAUUGACAUUUUUACAGUGCUGAUUUGUAUAACAUUUGUUUUUUGUGGAUUUGGAAAUAAAAUCAUGUACAAGUUGUUGCCUGCAAUAACAAUUGCAAGUAACCUAUUAAAAAUUCCCUUGAGUUUAA